GUAUGUUCCGUUAUUAUGGCUAACCUGCCUGAGAAAUAUUUUAACCUUAUUCUGAUCACGCCGAUACGUUUGGAACUAUACUGGUGAAUUAAAAAACGAAUAAUAAAUGAAGAAGUCAAUUAAAAAAGUUUAUAUUUCUGAAUGACGACGACUGAUCCGUGUAAAAUACUUGCAUGUAAAUUGCAAAAGUGUUUAAAAGAAAACGUAUAUCAAACUUCUCGUUGUGAAAAUAUUUUAGAAGAUAUACGACAAUGUUGCAUCAAGCAUGCUGCAAAUUCCAUUGUAUGUGAUGGAAUAGAUAGAUCCAAACCGUAUGAACAUAAUACUGUUGAUUACAAGAAAGUCAUUAGAUAAAAUAUGAAACGUAAAAUAAAUAUUUUUCAUCGGUAUCCGUUUCCUUUUAUUUGUAUAGGAACUAUAUUUUCAUUAUCGGUUAUAUAUAGUAGACUUGUCUAUGAUAUGUUCAGAUCUUAUUCAAAGGAGGAAAUUGCUGCAUAUGAGUUAAAAAAACAAGAGUUAAAAGAGCGUAUUAAACGUAUGAAAUUAAAAACCGAAUAAAAUGGAAGCUGUAAAAAGUGCAAAAGAUAGAUUUAAAAAAUAUCCUUUAUUAAUAGCACAAUGCGAAGAGACUGCGAAACAGUAUGCUAUGUGUGUGUUAGAAAAAAAGACUCUUCGUAAAGACGACUGUAAUGCAGAGUUUGCCCGUUUUAAAGCGUGCAUUGUAAAAGCAGCUGCUAGUAAAAAUACAAGAUUAUAAAAAAUGAAUAAUAAUUGAAAACUUGUAUAUCU